UCCAAACUUCAUACCGAAAAUAAAUUGGCCUGAGUAUUGAGCAAGAUUCGGAUUCAAUUUCUGUGAUAUCAUCGAUGGCGUUCUCCGAAGAUUUGAUGUCGAAAUGCUCAGAACAAAUAAAUGCUUAUAAAGCCGCUUAGAAAUCAAUUAAGAAUGUGCUUUUCGGCGGUGCGUUUGCCCUUCUUGCCGGUGCAUCGAUAGCUGAACUUGGAACAGCCGGCAAGGUUGGCUUUUCCUGGGGGCUUCUAGUCUCACCACUGCUUGCGGUGGGAUGGUUUGGUGUCCACAGUUACAUCGAAAAGAAGAAUGCUCUGAAUAAACAGUUGGAAGAUCUGCAGAAACUGAAAGAUGUGGCACAAUCGGCGGAGAGGGGUUUAAUAAUCAAUGAAGAAGCGACGGAGACCGUGUCUAAAUUAGUCGACGGGCUAGAAGACCGUAUCAAACAUAUGUUUAAUCUUGUAGAUAAUGCUAUUGACCAUGCAAAAAAUGAGGCGGAAGCGAGAUAUGUCCUAAACAAGAUCAGUAAGAAAGUAGACAACUUAACACGGAAAAUCGAGGAGGUUGGUGAAAGUGUGGAAAAUCAUAGCAAAUUGAUCGUAGAGGCGAGACGUCACGUUAUGGAAAAGAUCAACCGUUUUGGAUAACAUUGAUCCGUUUAAACUUCAACGAUGUGUGUUGUUCAAAACCCAUAUUUUCUAUGUUUUAAUCAUCCCAUUGUACCUUUUUUUAAAACGUUAUAUGUUUUGUAACUUUCACCAUCCGAGAGGAUUGGUUGAUAUGUACCUCAAUCCCAUAUUUUUCGUGAAAUAAAGUUUGAAAAAAACU